AUGAGCGUUAUUUCACCUUGCCAAGGUCUUUUCAGAGACGGCGAUUUCACACUAGCUGAGAUAGAGCACUUUGUUGAUCAUGAGGACAAAUCCCACCCAAAGUUUGUUGAUGUUGCCGGCCUGGAGUUUUUGAUGUUCCCUAGGGAGGAGCAACUAGCAGGGAAAUCAGUCAAGUCAAUGAUCCUUGGUAAAGCUGUUUCAGAGGCAACAAUCAACAAUGAGACACUUGGUUACUUCAUAGGACGCGUGUAUCUUUUCUUGACUCGUCUGGGAAUUGACAAAGGUAGAUUGCGCUUCAGGCAGCGUCUGCCAAAUGAGAUGGCUCAGUAUGCUGCAGACUGUUGGGAUGCGGAAAUAGAAUGCUCCUAUGGUUGGAUUGAAUGUGUUGGGAUUGCUGAUAGGUCUGCUUAUGAUUUACUAGCUCAUUUGGAGAAAAGUCGUGUCUCAGAACCUAGAGAGGUGGAGAAGCUGGUUAUUACCCCAUCAGAAGAGGAACUAGGUCUUGCAUUUAAGGGUAACGAAAGAAUGGUGGUUGAAGCAUUGGAGGCCAUGAGCGAAAAAGAAGCACUGGAAAUGAAAGAAGCUCUGGAUGAUAAAGGAGAGGUGGACUUCCAAGUUUGUACACUUGGAAAAUCUGUAAGGAUCAAGAAAAACAUGGUAUCUAUCAGUAUGGAAAGAAAGGAGGAACAUCAGAUGGAUUUUUAUAACCUUUCAGUCAUCACGCCAUCUUUUGUUAUUGGACGAAUAAUCUACUGUCUCUUUGAGCAUUCUUUCUACACAAGACCAAGCAAAUCAGGGGAUGUACAGUGGAAUGUGUUCCGCUUCCCUCCUCUAGUGGCUCCAAUUAAGUGCACGGUUUUCCCAUUAAUCAAGUCUCAACAGUUUGUUGAAGUGGCCAACCUCAUAGCUAAAUCACUAAAGGUGGCUAAUAUCUCACAUGAAUUAGAUGUUAUAGGCAAGUCUAUAGGGAAACGUUAUGCCAAAUCGGAUGAGCUUGGUGUCCCCUACGCCAUAACUGUCGAUUCGACUGCUAGUGUGACCAUGCGUCAGAGGGACAGCAAGGAGCAGAUCCGUGUAAGCAUUGAGGAGGUGGUCUCAGUUGUGAAAAAAGUCACGGUUGGGCAAAGCACAUGGGCUGAUGUGCUCUGUAGAUACCCAACCCACGUUGCUACACAUGCUGAUGAGUUGUGAAGCGGCUUCUGACGGAUGAAGUGAUGAAAGCAAUUCCUUAUCUUGCUGAAUUUUCAAACUACUGGAACUUAUUAGGCUAUUAUAUUUGUUAAACGGUUGCACACAAAAUUGUGGUGAUGAUCUAAGAGAGUAAUAUUUUGCUUUAA